GUUAUGCGUUACAUCAAAUAUUAUUGACUGAUCAUAUUAUCUUUAGAAUUUAACUAUCUAUUCUGUACUUUGUACUACUUCGUACAAAGUAAGGUUGUACGGAAUACUAUAGAAGGCUGGAUCAGUUAUAUAUAGACUAUAUGAAUUGCUUCCGUCUCGUAAGCUGGUCUUAUUCAACCUUGCCUCUCGUGGAGCAGGAGGAGAUAAGAAGAGAAAAUAGAUCUCAUAUAAACAACCACCAACUCUUCAAUCCUUUUUAUGUUCCCGUCGUAAUUAUGGAGUAUACUUAUGUAGUAGUGUCAAGCAUGGCCUAUAAAUAGCCUAUUGGUCUCUGGUGGCGCCGAGCAAUGCCUCAAAGACUAUUGAUCAACCUAUAGUUGCUCUCCCACAGGAAAAAUCUUGCUCUCGGUUUCAAAGCAAAGAAGAAAUCGCGUGAAAAAGGAAAAGGGAUUUGAUUUUCUUAUUUGACAAUCCCCCCAAUCCCCAAGC